AUGGCGCCAAAGACACUUAACACUCUACCUACCGCUUUCGUCUUUGACGUUUUCGGCACAGUCUACGAUUGGCGCACGACGGUCUCUACACGAAUUUCUCAACUUCUUUCUCAGAAGCUUACUUCCUUAGACGCAAUAGGCGCACAUCCUUCUUCUUCUUCUUCUGGCUCCUCUCAAAAUAAAUCCAAACCAGAUCUCUCAACUCCUGACGCAAUUUCUAAAUUCUCAAAAGAAUUUGCUCAGGAAUGGAGGGAUAGUUACAAAGAUUUUGUCGUGACUCACGGUGGUACGAAGUCUCCUCUUCAAUCACCUGAUAUCAACGAUAACCAAGAAGAAGUGGGAUUGAAUAAUGUAACCCCAUCCAUCCCGCGUGCUACAGACCCUUCUGAACCACCGUAUACAACAGUGGAUACUCACCAUUUACAAUCCCUCCGUGGGCUUUUGAAAAAAUACUCCUUGUCCCACCUUUUCAGUUCUUCUGAAAUUCAGGAGUUAUCCAGAGUAUGGCAUUCUCUCAAACCAUGGGAUGAUUCAAAACCUGGUAUUGAAGGGUUGAGGGAGUUGGCGAUUGUAUCUACUUUGUCUAAUGGUAAUUUGAGGCUACUGGUGGAUUUGCAGAAGAAUAGUGGGGUGGUGUUUGAUGUGCUAUUGAGCGCUCAGCUUUGGAGGGCCUAUAAACCCGAGUCUAAGGUUUAUGUUGGGUCGUGUGAAGUGCUUGGUGUAGGUGGGAAAGAGGAAUGGGAUGAGUAUAUCGAGGAGAAAGGGGGUGAUGGGAAGGAGGACGAAGACAAAUGGAGGUUCAAGGAGAGGGGCAAAGUUGCAAUGGUUGCAGCUCACAUCGGGGAUUUGAGAGCAGCUAAAGCGUGUGGAUUGACGACUAUUUACAUUGAGAGGCCGAGAGAAGAUGAUGAUGUGGAAGCUGGGUCUAAUUAUUUGGAGGAAGGGGAGGAUUGGAUCGAUAUGUGGGUUCGACACGAUGAAGGGGGGAUAUUGGAAGUUGCCAGGAGAUUGGCUGAAUUGAAGUAG